AUGGGCGCCGACGGCGACGCCGUGCGCGACGCGCUCGCGAACGCGGUCGAAGCGAUCGCGCGCGAUGUCCCGAACGCGCGCGGCACGGACUUAUCCCUCGAGAGCGCGAAGGAGAAGGCGACGCGCGCGCAAAAGCUGCCCGCGCGGGACGCGCUGCUCGCGGUGAAACGGUGCUGGACGACCGCGACGCACGAACCGGGGAAUCGACUGCGGGAAAAGGAGCUGGCGGAGGUGAUGCGAACGUUUAACGAGGCGUGGUUGAAACAAGGCCUGACGGGGACGCCGUUGGACGAUGGGACGUGGUCGUUUAGAGUGGCGCGAGUGAAUCGAAACGCGGCGAAGCGAUGCCUCACGGCGCUGGGGAACUGGGCGAGGAAGGGAGCGUGGGAACCGUGGACCGGGGAGUGCCGAAAGAUGAGGGAUGAGGUGAUGAAGAAGGAGGACGGGGCGUACGAUACGUACGCGCAAGUGCAUCGGGGAUUGGAAGCGUUGCGAGCGCGCGCGACGACGGGCGUGAGAAAUUUGGUAAACGAUGGCGAGAGCGAGGUGACGUACGAACAUGCGCUGGAGUUUGAUAAAGAAUUACAGAAAUGGAUCGAAACGUGCUGGCUUGAGAACGGACUGCCGCCGUUGGACGAAUUGCCGAAGUCGAACGAGGUGUUUUACGCGAGCGGAAUGGUACACACAGAGAUGCCUCUUUCGUCCAAGCGAGCGCCGCCAAGGGAUCGUUCGCAACCGAUAAGCCCCGCGACGGCGCCGGCGAAGAAGGCAAAAACGAUAAAAGAUGAGAGAUUACAGAGCCCGGUGAGAGCAAAUGCGGAAUUACCGCGAUCGGUGAAAAAGGAACCGAAGGAGCCCGGCGCGGCGGCAGUGCUGCGCUCACCGACGCCGCAUUCGCCGACGCCAUGCGAAACCGCCAAGCCGCCGGCGCGCGAGACGGAGAUGCACGUCAUCAGACACUCUGUUGCAGUCACGGUGAAGGUGCGCUGCUACGGACUAGACGCAGACUUGGUCAUCAUCCCGCCCUUUGGAGUGCCGAGCGGAGUGAAAACAAAUGGCGAGAUGGCUGCCAUGGUAUUUCGAGAGACUCAAGCCGCGCAGCAAGCGAAUGUGCAACCAGCUGAAUCUUCGAUGAGAUGCACGCAUAACGAUGGUAAGGCGUGGCGGUGUCCCGGACGUAAUCUGGAAGGUACGCCGUUCUGCACGAAGCAUCAACCAGCGAAAUUUUCCACUUUGGCUCGCGUCAAUCCAGUCACGUUUGAAACGGCACAAGGUUUAUCGAUUACGUACGCCGGUCCUCCAUCGGCGUGCGUUAUUCGAAGUGUUUCUGGCGUGCCAAUCGAUGACUCGGAUUUGUUGAUGCUUAAAGAUCCGGAAAAGUUUGAAGCCUUUGCGUGGGACAUCGAGCGUCAAUUGAAAUCUUGUGAAGGGCUCGUUCGACGAGACGGUGCCGGUGGACGAUUCCGUGAGAAUGCUUUCGUACUCGAACGCGGAGGAUUUUGGGUCCCAUACACUCAGUAUGAAGCUCGAUUAACCACGCUUCUCCCAGGCACGCCACCCGGUUCGACCACCACGUCGGAAAGCGUGUUCAACCAAUGUAUUGAAGACAUCGGCGCAAUCAACACCGCACGCGUGGCCGAGCAAGCGAACGACGACGAGACUGAGAAAAGCAACGAUGAUGAUGACAAACGAGAGAGCGCGCCGCCUGCAGAGCGUCCGGCUUUCGACGAUCCGAUGGAUACCGACAGUCCGGGACGAGCCAAAGUGCCAGCACCGACUGGCGCUCGAGAAGUGCGUCUGAAACUUGCAGAGCUUCAUAGACAACUCCUCAACGUGGAUCGAGAAAUCGUAGGCAUGCGCGAUGCUGGCUUCGCGCACGCUAAGAAACGUGAUCCACAGAGUCUCGACAAUAGCGAAAAUAGCGAAUAUGACGCGUACGAGCAGAGCGUGAAUCGCGCGCUUCGCCUUUAG